AUCCCCGCGAAAUGACUUCUGAGACUGAAUCGAGCGCAGAAAUUUCGUACUUUUGACGCGUUACUAGCCAGAGCAUGAUGGUGCUUCUGAUUGGUUUCAGGUUUGUUUCAUCCAAUCAGAAGCACUACCGACCUCUUGGUAGUGACGCGUCAUCAGUAUGGAAUUUCCUCGCUCGUUUCUCAGACUUCAUUUCGCGAGGAAACCAGUGUUGGCGUCGCGAAAUUUCGGCUCUGUUCUCAGUCUAUAUAGUGUCAUCGACAACUCUCCUAAAACAAGGGUGAGACGUCAGGCCUCUCCGAUCAUGUCUUCCCUUCUGGUCAGUGGGAAGCGUGGUGAACUCUUACGUAACUUUUCGAAUUUUCACCAUUUUCUUGAAAUUGCCGAUUUCUCUACUUCGCUUUCGAGUAGAUUACACCCUGAACAUCGUCUGGUUAGCCCCGUUGAAGUAAAAAUAGCAAAUAAAGUAUCUCAACUACUACCAGAAACCGAACGCGUAACUGAAAUGAAGCUAUGACAAAAUUAAGGGAAACCUAAUAUUGUCAUAAUAGAAAUGAUAGACAAGGAUGCGUUGCGUGGCGGAUAGCAAUUUACCUCUUUGCUCAAUUGCGCCCAAAGAGAGGACAUUAUCACUGUUAUAAAUAUGUGUUACUUUUACGGACAGGUGUUGUGCGAGCUGUCUGCUCAUGCGCAGAUCCCGCCAGUAAACUGGGAAAAUGUAAACACUCAGUUGGACUAUUACUGUGGUGCAAGGAAGAGAAAAAUGUAAGCUCUUUCCUGUCAAUACCUUUAUUUAUUUCCCUUCCAAAGACGUUUUUGAAGUAACCGUGAUAAACAAGCACUUAAAGCAGUGUUUUCAUCGGAUUUUAAGGGGCGAAGUAGUGGAUUAAAAAAUUCCGCGUUUUCUCUAAGAUCGACCUUCGAGGUUUUGGAAAAUGUGCCCAUUGUUUGAUAUGGCCUCUCGAACAAACAGUUAUUUUUUUCAAAGAAAUUGAAAGCUAUGAAAUGAAAGAGUUCCAGUUAUCAGUCCUGCCACAUGGUAUUUGGGCUAGUGAUAGAGCCCGAGUAGAAAAUACCUCAACUUUUGUCUCGAUUCGAAGUCGCUACUGAGCAAAUUACCCCGGAUGGUUCUAAUGGAAACAAGAACGAGAAGUCCGAAGACUACAGCAAAGCUGAUUUAAAACAACGUGUAUUGUUUUUUAUAACAAUAUUUCGGCUGGCCAUACCAGCCUUCUUCAGGUUUACAGAUGUUGCUGAACUUAUGUAGCAAUCACAAUAUUAUAUAGAUGGAGAAUGUGGCAAUAAAAGGGAGAGGCGGAAAUGACGUACAACAUAAAAACUGGAAAGGAAAAAUACUAAGGACAUGGAUUACAAUAAUUCGUCACGGCGGUUUAGGCCAUGAGGUUCAAGAGUCAUGGCCUUAUCUAUCAAAUGCGACUCCCUGGCCUUACGAACUGAGUCACGUGAAGAAUGAAUUUUCUCUAGUGGGAUUAACUGCAUGUCAGUAUGAGAAUGGUUAGAGUGAGAGAGAAAAACAAUGUAAACUGGAAACAAUGUAAACAGGCAGAUGAAAUACCACAGAACAGGAGAGUCGGACAUGGAAGACGAGACGUUCUAGAAGCUCACGUUCUCUCCUAUUCUAAUUCUUAAUGAAUUAUUAACAAAAUGAAUACGCUGUAGGGCUCACAACGGUCUUUUCUUCUUAGGUGAACAAAAUUAUCAACCCUCGUUCAUGUAGUCCGCGUAGUACAAGCAAGCUGGAACCCGUGACAGGAUCAGUGGUCAAACAAAAGGUAAAGAUAGUGCCAAGCUCGCAGGUCCCAUGUUAUAAUGUUUAAAAUUGUUUGAAUCAUAAAUUAUUGUACGUUUUGUCUACCCUUGGUGCCAGAGGGUUUUUUCUCUUUGAGGGCGACGGAAUUUAGUGGCGAAACCGCGAAGGUGCGUUGAGAAGCGGCGAGAGAGAAAAAAAGUCUCCCGCCAAUCAGCACUUCAGCACUUCUAAGACCCUUAGCAUGCGGGAUACGUUUUGUCAGUUACUGCCUUCUAAAAGAUACAGUUGUAAACUAAUCGGGACACAUAGGUGUUCUUACAUCCUGGGUUUCUUACAUUUAGACGUUUAUAAAUCCAGGGAUUCUUAAUUACGCUCAGGGGUUCUUACGUCCAUGGGAGAAACAUGUGUGCCACAAAAGUGCUUCACUACACUGACAUUUGUAAACUAAUCGGGACACAUAGAUGUUCUUACAUCCUGGGUUUCUUACAUUCAGACGUUUAUAAAUCCAGGGAUUCUUAAUUACGCUCAGGGGUUCUUACGUCCAUGGGAGAAACAUGGGUGCCACAAAAGUGCUUCACUACACUGACAUUUUGAAAAUAGAUCAGUGUGUAAUGCCUUAUUCCAACAAAUUAUUGAAGCAAGGUUAAGUGAUAUUUCGUCCGCUAAACCAACCUCGUUUCCAGCCUUGCCAGCGAGCACUUUCAUGGUGCUUGUGAUUAUUCGAGGACUGUGUUUAGUAAUGUAAAUGCCCUUUGAGAAGUCGGUAGUUCUAGUUCUCACGGUUUUAGUAACCCACUCAUAUUUCGAGUUUUUCCAGUUUCAUUUACCCUCGCUUUAAGGCAGGAAAAAACUAUUGCUAUUUAUGUUUUUCAGUUUUACUUGUGCCCGUGGUCAUUUGUAACAAUGCCCUUUUCGUUUUUUCUUUUUCUGUUUGACACUUUCAAGAAAACUGCGUGCGACGAGUCUGCUGAACGCAGUCAAGGAGAUGAACCCACACGACGCGAAAAGAAUAAAUCACUUCCAAAUUGGAUAUCUUCUUUCACCAAGGUAUGUAUUUUUUCGUACUUACUUUGUGGCGAGUCUCCAGACUUGCUGGCCCUGAAUGCGAAGCCGUACCUGCCCUGUUUGCAUCUUUUGAUUACCCGAAAUAUAUUUUUAAGUGGUUUAAACUUCGGAAGCCGCAGCAUUGAAAAUUCUGGUAACGUAAUUUAUUCUACGACUGAAAUGCGGGUAUUAUUCGUUUUUCCUAGACUAGUAGUGACGAUGGAGGAAAGCGAACCGCAGAUGAAGGUUCAAAUGCCAAGUUGUCUCACAAAAGGUAUCGUAUUAUCUCAGGGGCUAGCCUGUACACAGGCGUUGCUUUAUUUUUCUUUUCGUUCUUCUGGGAAACAUCGGCGAGCGCGCGAGCAACCCCCUUACACUGGCGGUCAAUAACUACCCCGCGGUUUUUUUUAUCACGCGCGCUCGACGGACUUUGAAGAGAAAAUAGAGGGUCUGUGAACAGGACAUGGAGGUUUGGGACCCCAACUAGGUGAGGUAACCCGUCUGUCUACUAUAUAUAAAUCUCACAUUUUAAUUUGACCACGAUUACACGAUAAGUGGGGUAACCCGCCGAGUCGGGUUGCCCGGUCUCCCAGACCGGGUACCUCUCUUAGCCGGGGUCAGAUUUUGUCAUAUAAACGUUGCUAGGUGGGUUAUCCCGCCUAGCCGGGGUCGUAUUUGUGUUGCAUUAAGUUCGCGCCAACUGCCUUUGGUGGAGGCUUUGAAUCAUUCAAAGUGACAACGGAAGGAAAGCCACAGCAUUGAGAAAUUGCAGCCAAGACAGUAAGUGAAAGUAGAAGACCAUUAACCGCCAAAACACGUCGUUUGCCCGCCAUUUUUUGUUUACGUGAUUAGCGACCAUUCAAUUAUCUUGAGAAAGUGCCCCCGGGAUAGCGGGGUUGUAAGAUUGCGUUGCAUUUUAUGGAAACAAGACCUCAGAUUUAAGUAACCUGCGUAGCAGUAUUUUUUGUUGGGAUGCAGGGAUGAAAAAUUGCGGUCAAGCCUCGGGAGGGAAAUUGGUUCUUCACCCUUCCCUAAUCAUCAUCGCGCUGCACUGAUGUUGCCAAUUACAAAGGCUAACUUGAGGACAGACCUUCCUUGAUCUCAGCAAUUUCGUUUAUUGUAGGAUGAAAACGAAAAAAAGCGAGAAUACGUUUUACUGCUUGAGUCCCGAGGAGCUGCUUCAAACUGCUGAAGAAAUACUGCAAGAGGUAAGAACGUGACGGUGAUGUCGGUUUCGCCUGGUCUUAUGUUAAUACUAACUAUUCUUUUUUCGUAACAUUGACUUUUGGCGUUAGUACCAUGUCUCUUACAAUAAACAGCAUGGAAAUAAGCCGUUCAAUGCCAAGGACCGCAGAAAACAUUCAACAGCCGACAGGGAGUCCCGUGCGAAACUAAAAAAUCUUUCAGCACCACAGUCUCAAGGAAACACUGAAAGGUAAAAGGAAAGAGACGCCGUCUUUUCUUCUGUUUGUUCUUAUUAUUUUUAUAAAGCAAAGCUAUGUUCCUAAGGGACGGACCACUAGAAAUAACCAAAGGGGGGUGAAAAUUUUUUGGUGCAUGAAUUUUUUUUAAAAGCCCGCUUGUCUGCAGGAAUUUUUUUCUAGAGCACAUGACUUAUUGUUUUUAGGUAUCACCGCUUGCAGGAUUCUUUCUUUAGACAAGUUUCACUUGCAGGAAUUUUGUUUGGGGAGUUGUCACCCCACCUCCGGUUAUUUCCAAUGGUCCGUCCUUAUUUAGAUGUGUCGCUCAAAAUCCUCAAACUGAAACUUUAAUGGCAACGAAGAGAAAAUUCCUCUCAAAAUUCUUUGCGGUAGUGAUGCCAGUAAGAGCAACCCAAGGUAAAGUUGAUAGACUUGUGUAGAUUCAUCUAUUCAGUAAAUUUAAAUUAUGUGCAGAAUUUUCAACUUAAAAUCCAUAUAAAAUUGAAAACUAAUGAACUUAAACUGAACGCAUAACCACCGGGGAGGGGGGAGGGGAGGGGAUGGUAGGCUCCAGGAUCUCUCGACAGUAGGGACCAUAAGCAACGACGACAACGACGGCAGUGUAAACGUCGCUAAAAAAAUGAAUUUGCGUUCUUUCAAACUUAAUCUCGUCUAUUUGGACCCGCUCAAUAUGUCAAAUGCAGGCGACUUUUCCUGGAGUUGAAUUCUUAAGGAUUUUAUUCAGGUUCAAAAAGGGGAAGGAAAAUUCGUCGUCGUAUGUCGGCGUCCUCAAUUAAACGUCCAGUUAGGAGGUUUCACGUCGUAGUCGUGCAGUGAACUUUCAAGAAGUGUACUAAAAAGCGUGAUGCACGUGCAGAGCUGUUGUUUUGAUUAUUAAACCCAUUGUUUUAUUUAAGUUGUCGUCGUCUUCGUAGUUGCUUAAGCUCCCUUAUGAGCAAGACUUCAGUUGGGGUCGAAAGCCGUUAUUAGUUUUCACUCUCAUCUGGAUUUUAAGUUCAAAAUUUUGCUACUCAAAAUACCAAUCGAAAGAGAAAAAACGGUAGAUAAGAAGGGCAAGGAGGUCUUUAUUGGCUUUAGUUUUAUAUGUACUUUAUUGACUGGUCAUGAAAAUUUUGCGAGACCCCGUUAAGACCUUCAUUUAUGCAAAUACCAGCUCUGAUGCGACUUCGUUCCCAGGGUUCUCUACGCUACUCGUCCCCUAGACGAGAGAAGACAAGUAGGGGAGAACCCUCAAAAAGGAGAAUGCUUUUUACAGGGAGAAAUGUAGACGAUAAUCUUUACGAAUAAAACCUUAGGAACAUUUCGUUAAUAAAAACCCAGUCACAGCUCAGCGGUAGAACGACUUGAGCGGGUUUUUGGGAGGUCAUGGGUUCAGAUACCAUCUUGGACUCUUCGUCCCACGUCACGUGACGUAAUCGAACGUGCUGGGCGUGACCAUACCUCCUCGUUCUUUGGUGUUGCAAUGAUUCCAUUUUCGUUUCUUGUUUGCAGAACAAAUAUCGCUUCCUCUGUGGACGGCGAUUUAUUGAUUAAAGAGACGUUUACAGAAAAAAGCCUACCAGAUGCUCGCUCAAGUGAUUUGACUGGUGGUUUUGUUGUUCCCGAAACUGUUACAACUAUUGAGACACAAUCACAUUGUAAAAAGGACGAUAGUAUGGGCUCAAAUGUAUCGUCUUUAAUCGCGGCAGAAAAUGGUAGUUGUGAGCAAGAAAAAUACCCGGACUUAAAAGACAACAAAAAGCGUGGCAAACAAGUUAGGACAUCAAUACUGGAUGACUUUAUCUGAUAGAAAUUUAUAAAGUAACGACUACGUGAUUGCACGAAAACUUCAGUACAACCAAUGUACUCCCAGACUGGACUUAUCAGGCUUAUUGUCAAGGAGUUGAUUUAUUAGAUAGAUACGACACUUAGUGGAAACCAGAGGCGGCGGAGCUUUUUGAAACGUACGGGAGGCUCAUCUUCCACCGAGCCAUGCGCAUACCCCUACACAAAUUUUCCAAAAUGUCCUUUGCGUUUUUUCUUGGCACCAGCAAAACUCUUUACAAUCUUCACAGUGUUUAGUGUUUCCGUAAUCAAUUUGUGACAAUGCAUCAGUAGUCAGUUGUUCAAGCGGUC